AUGCCUGGCAACAUGUCACCGGUGCCCACCGUCCCGCUGCUGAUCAACUGCUUCAUGUCUGCUCUCGGCUGUUUGGCUACUCUCAAACUCAUCCCCGCUUUUAAAGAGCAUUUUAUCUCAGCUCGACUCUACGGAAUGGACCUAAACAAAACGACCAAAAAGGAAGUGCCUGAGUCUCAAGGGGUCAUCAGCGGGACGGUUUUCCUCAUCAUCCUCUUCUGCUUCAUCCCAGUGCCUCUCCUCAGUUGCUUUGUGGGCGAUCAGUGCACUGGUUUCCCUCAUGAUGAGUUUGUACAGCUGAUCGGUGCACUCCUGGCCAUCUGCUGCAUGAUCUUCCUGGGCUUUGCUGAUGAUGUGCUGAACCUGCGAUGGAGGCACAAGCUCAUGCUCCCCACCAUGGCCUCCCUGCCGCUGCUCAUGGUGUACUUCACCAACUUCGGCAACACCGUCAUCGUGGUACCCAAGCCCUUCAGAGCUCUGCUUGGGCUCCACUUGGAUCUGGGUGUUCUGUACUACGUCUACAUGGGCAUGCUCGCUGUGUUCUGCACGAACGCCAUCAACAUCUUAGCGGGCAUCAACGGCAUCGAGUCGGGUCAAGCCCUGUUCAUCUCCGGCUCCAUCAUCAUCUUCAACCUGCUGGAGCUCAGUGGUGAUUACCGUGACGACCAUGUUUUCUCCCUCUUCUUCAUGAUACCCUUCUUCUUCACCACAUUAGCACUUUUUUACCACAACUGGUAUCCCUCGUCUGUGUUUGUGGGAGACACGUUCUGCUACUUCGCCGGGAUGACCUUCGCUGUGGUUGGCAUCCUGGGCCACUUCAGCAAAACGAUGCUCCUGUUCUUCAUUCCUCAAGUGGUUAACUUCGUCUACUCUCUGCCUCAGCUUUUUCACAUCAUCCCCUGUCCCCGGCACCGGCUCCCCAGACUAAAUCCAGACACCGGCAAACUGGGGAUGAGCUACUCUAAAUUUAAACUAAAAGACCUGUCAGGAUUGGGACACCUCAUUCUGAAGGUUGCAGAGUUCCUAAAGCUGCUCGAGGUGCGUCGGGGUCAGGGCGAGGACGAGGAUUUCGUUGAAUGCAACAACAUGACUUUAAUAAAUCUGGUUCUGAAAGUACUCGGUCCCGUCCACGAGAGAAAUCUAACGGUCAUCAUGCUCCUCAUACAGGUGAUGGGGAGCGCAGUGGCUUUUGGGAUUCGUUAUCAUCUGGUGCGUCUGUUCUAUGACGUCUAACCGGACCUCCAUUAAAGAGACGACUGACGGAGAAAAUCUCUUGCUGCUGCGGAGGAAUUUUCAAAAAGCUUAUGAGCAGAUACUAUUAGCUCUCUG